AUGAACCAACGGCCUCGAAGUGGUGGUCCCUCGGGCUACGCUUCGUCCUCAUCCCGCGGUCGAGGUGCUUACCACACCUCGGGACCAUCAUCCUAUCCAAACCGACCCCCCUCAGCGCACUCACGAGGACCACGCCCACCCCGUCAACGUUCCCCCUCGCCUCCACCGAAAGUCAAGCGAUCAACGACCGUACCUUCCUUGUUGCGCGUCUUUGUCUCUCGUACGCCUCAACACCAUGACGACGCGCUCUUCUCUUCCCCUGAUGGAACGGGUCCGGCGAGAUCGAUCCUGCAGGAUGAGUAUCAGCUCUACGUCUGGUCAGUACCUGUCACACUCAUUCGUCAUCACACUAGGACUUUGAUACUCAUCUCUUCCCGCCUCUAUCGCCUCCACCUAGGCGAGACUCGACCCUAAAGGAACUCGUCCACGCGCUCGCAUCCUCGUUUCCGCUCCCCACCACUCCACCCAACAUACGCUACAGCUUCAAGCUCGUCUACUACGACGCGCAAUCAUCUCGUCACCGAAGCAAACCGAUCGGAUCGCUCACCAACCGCGAUAUCUUCCACUCGACCAAGUCUACGACCGGUACAGCACCGGGUGACAAGACAUUACACCAAACGAGUUGGGUCGUCGGAGAUUACCUCUCCAUCGCUCUACAACCCACGUUCAAUGCCGGUGGUGCACCUUCCUUCGGGGCCAACAAGCCUCAGAAUGCCUAUCCGAAUCGAGGACCACCGUCGUCCUCGGGAUUCCAGCUCCGUGGUGCACCGACGAGAGGUCCUGCUGGUGAUCGAUUCAACGCCGGAGCACUAGCGACACCUUCUUUUGGGAUUCGAGGCACUGCGACGAGCAGAGCUUCAGCGAAUGAUGAUCGAUGGGCAUCGAAUUUAAACGAUUCUCGUCCUCCGCCUUCUUCGGGUCCUUCGGGCUUUGGGUUCGGAGACUCGAAUCGAGCCAUGGCGCAAGAAAGAUGGAAGACGAAUUCGGAAAUGUCCGCUUCGGCACGAGAAGGGACCCAGGAUGCUCACAGUGCACCAAGGCGAAGACUUUCCAUCUCGUCGAAAAGGAGUAGGAGUCGUUCACCUGGUCCUAGAUCGCCUCCGAGGAAAGAGGGGAAGGGAGGGGAUACUUGGGAGAAGGGGACAGAGUGGGAUACCAAGAAGGCGAGUUCACCUCAGAGGACCUCGAAGAGGGAGGAGGAUAGUCCGAUGAGGGAUGGGAGGCGCGAUGAGUGA